UCUAGCCAUCACCCACACACCUUUCCAUCGAGCCCAAACAUGCAGGGCCGACUCCCUCAGAUGCAACCCACCGUGGUCCUCCUUCGGGAGGGCACCGACACGUCGCAGGGCACGCCGCAGCUGCUCUCCAACAUCUCGGCCUGUCUCGCCGUCGCGCAGACUAUCUCGUCGACGCUCGGCCCCCGCGGCAUGGACAAGCUCAUUGUCGACGGCCGUGGCCAGGCUACCAUCUCCAACGACGGCGCUACCCUCCUCAAGCUCCUCGACAUUGUGCACCCCGCCGCACGGACACUCGUUGAUAUUGCGCGUGCUCAGGACGCCGAGGUCGGCGACGGUACCACGAGUGUGGUGCUCUUGGCCGCCGAGAUCCUCAAGGAGGUCAAGCCGUUCAUCGAGGAGGGUGUCGGAGUUCACGUUAUCAUCAAGGGACUGCGCGAGGCGAGGAAUCUGGCCAUCAAGAAGAUCAACGAAAUAGCCGUUACGAUCAAGAAGGACGACCCCAAGGAGUUCCGCAACCUGUUGCUCAAGUGCGCGUCAACAUCCAUGUCGUCCAAGCUCAUCCACUCGCAAAUGCCCUUCUUCUCCAACAUGGUUGUCGACGCCGUGCUGUCGCUCGACCAGGACGACCUCGACGAGUCGCUCAUCGGUGUCAAGAAGGUUCCUGGUGGUGGCAUGCAGGACUCGCUUCUUGUCCGCGGUGUUGCGUUCAAGAAGACGUUCUCGUACGCCGGUUUCGAGCAGCAGCCCAAGUCGUUCAAGAACCCCAAGAUCUUGUGCUUGAACGUCGAGCUCGAGCUCAAGGCCGAGAAGGACAACGCCGAGGUCCGCGUCAACGAGGUGUCCGAGUACCAGGCUAUUGUCGACGCCGAGUGGACCAUCAUCUACCGCAAGCUCGAGGCCAUUGUCGCUACCGGCGCCAAGGUUGUGCUCUCCAAGCUCCCCAUCGGUGACCUCGCCACCCAGUACUUUGCCGACCGCGAUAUUUUCUGCGCCGGCCGUGUCGCUGGUGACGACCUGAAGCGUGUUGUGCAGGCUGUUGGUGGUUCGAUCCAGUCGACGACGUCGGACAUUGAGCCCAAGCACCUGGGCCAGUGUGGCAAGUUUGAGGAGCGCCAGAUUGGUGGCGAGCGCUUCAACAUCUUCGAGGAGUGCCCCCAGGCCAAGACGUGCACGCUCAUCCUCCGUGGUGGUGCCGAGCAGUUCAUUGCCGAGGUUGAGCGUUCGCUGCACGACUCGAUCAUGAUCGUCAAGCGUGCGAUCAAGAACAACUCGGUUGUUGCUGGUGGUGGUGCCUGCGAGAUGGAGAUCUCCAAGUACCUGAGGACCUACUCGCGCACGAUCAUGGGCAAGCAGCAGCUGAUUGUCGGCGCUGUGGCCAAGGCGCUCGAGAUUAUCCCCCGCCAGAUCUGCGACAACGCCGGCCUGGACGCGACCGACGUGCUCAACCGCCUUCGCAUGAGCCACGCACAGGGCGAGACGUGGGCCGGUGUCGACGUCGACUCUGACUCUGGUGUCGCCGACAACAUGAAGCGAUUCGUCUGGGAGCCUGCGCUCGUCAAGACGAACGCGCUGUCGUCGGCUGUUGAGGCCGCGACGCUCAUCCUGUCGGUCGACGAGACGGUGCGCAACCCCCAGAGCGAGGCGCAGCAGGCUGGCCCGGCCAUGCCUCAGGGUGCGGCCCAGCGUGCCAUCCGUGGCCGUCCUGGAAGGAGGUAAAAGCGGUCAGGUGUGUCGCCAUUACCGCGGCGGAGGGCGGCGGAGGCCGAGGUGCCUGCCCUCUUCGUGUAGAGUAGCAUAUGCAUUGCAGUUAGUCACG